AUGGAUGUUGACAAAUGGCUUGGGUCAGUCAACCUCUACGAGGCUGCUCAAGUUUGGGCGCGAUUCGACAGCGCCUGCGAGCCGCAUAGAAUGGUCUUAUGGAGCGGCAUUGGGUUUGAGCAAGCAGAGGAUUGGGCCCGCCAGCAUGAUCGAAAGUCGCUGACACAAGCAAUGGGUCCGUUGAUGGACAAGUCCAACCCAAGUUGCCGCCGCAACAUAAAGAACGACCGCCAAUGGUGUCUCUACGUGCACGCCGCAUCAAUUCUCUUUGCCCUCUUUAUCAGCACGGGCAGCGAAGUGGUUGUGCUGGCGCGCCAUCCCCCCGAUCGAUUUAACCCAGACCACGAGUCGUACUAUCAAAAUAUCGAAGAGCCAUGGCUCACCGCUUGCUGUGAUCCGGACAAGUUCAGAAUUAUGUUGGCUCACCCUGAAAUUGAGGGCGCUGGGAAUUGCCUCUACCAGUACUGGCCCGUUGACAGGGUUGAUGACUGGAAAAGCAUGUUUCCGCAUCCAAAAGUCCUGAAAACCCGGCCGUGGCCACAUCAUUCACGGAAAUCUCUCAAGACGUCUGAGUAUCAUGAAGUCGACCUCAGGCGAAAACGGCACGCCAUCAUGGAAAAGCUCUAUCUUUACAAGACCGGGGCUUCAAUAUACUGGGCAGUCACUAUUUCGACCAGUAGAGCGACUGUAAACCAAUCUACCAAGAAGCGUCGCAGAGAAAUUGACAAUCAAAAGCUACGGGUCGAGGCGAAUGCUUCACAGGCUAAUGCUUCAACCCUGCCACAUCAGGCCAAGAGCGACAGCCCCAAGACACGAGCGAAGUCCACAUGCAAGAUACAGGCAAAGUCUGUAUCCAACAGCAAGCGAAAAUUGGUAUCCAAGUCUCAGGCAAAAUUGGCCCCGAAAUCACAGGCACAGCCUACACCCAAGACACAGGCAAAGUCUACUUCCAAGGCGCAAGACAACGAAAACGGCAUUGUGUUCGUCUCGGACUCGAGCCACUGCGCGGUAAAGGGCUGGUGCAUCGAGACCACCGUUGUGACAUCUGCGGGGUCGAGGCUCUCGUUGCCCGGGCGAGGGCUCAACGCGUACAAGGGAUACUACGUCGAUCUGGCCUCGGAUGGGACUCUGGUGCUCGGGCAUGGGGACGGCGAGACCUGGACGCAGAUUCAGAGCGUCAAUGUAGAGGUCAAGGUGUAUCACAGGUAUCGAAUCAAGGUGCAGGCUGUUGGGUCGAAUAAUGAUGUCUACUUUGUAGACAUGGCCAAGGCAGUGAUGGUGACGACGGACUCGAGCUAUGGCAGUGGGACAAUCAGCGGCGCACGUAUGAACAACUCGGUGGCCAUUUUCUGCAGCUUCGCUAUACGAAGAAGAUACUUAUGA